AUGGCGCCUAAGCUUCCUAUCAAGAUUAUCUUGACCAUCUGCAAAGACGCAGCCCAGCCGACGUUUUCUCAAAGGGAGAAAUAUGACAUUAAAAGUCCUUACUCGACCGCCCUCUCCUUAUGUCUCGUCUCUCGACUUGUCAGACGCAUUAUCCUCCCCGAUUUCUUGCGCACGAUCUUGCUCCGCCGACGCCACAGCUUAAAGAAGUUCGCAAAUGCUCUGCUUAUGCAGAAAGCGUACGCUGAGAAAAAGAGCGAUCUUUUCUUCGACUAUACCUCCGCUGUACAGAGGAUGUGGAUUAGUGACGCAUUUGACUAUUUCGUUUAUGUAGAGGCCCGGUCGGAGGAAGAUGACUUUUACUCUUUUUUCCUGACCAGUAAAUUUCUCUCAAAAAAAGACGAGGGGCGAGCGCGCAACAUAAGCGUGUUACUUCCGGUGAUCCUUGCUGCGCCAGAACUUGCGGUUGACUAUGGCCAUUUGAAGCAUAUCAUUUGGAGCGUGCAAGAUGCAUGGUCUUCUCGCACAGAUCUCAAUGUCGACGGACACACUUCUUUUCCUGGGAAAACCAAAAAUCUAACAAUAAUACGUCAAGCCCAGGACUCGCAAUUGUUUUACAACACUGUUAAAACAUUUGUUUUCCUUACACCAAUCCGGCAUUUCACUUACCUAAUCGAUUUGGCUGAUGACUCACACAUCUUUCGCGGCAUCAGCUGUGGUACAGACUCGCCAAAAAUACCGGUGUAUCUUUGGAUGAGGGACCAUACGUGGAAUUCUAUGAAGAGCCUUGAAACCUUUUCAGUGGUCUACCCGCAUCUGCCUCCCAUCCACGAUUUCAAGUCAAUUUCAUAUGCCGCAUAUGCCACAAGGGGAAUAGACUUACAUGUGGAGCGAUUCACGGUGUCUGCUGCCCUUUACAAGCAGGAUCCUAAGUCCUUCCCGUGGGGGCCACCGUGGUUUCCUGUGAUGAAUCCUGGAAAUAAGAGGAUACAUUCGGAUGGUGUUUCCUUCGAGGUUACGCCUGAUAAGACCUACUUUUCACAGUAUUUUUGGUCUUGGGAUAAAUCUUGGGCCUGUGGGUUAACCGACGGAUGAGGGGUAAUACUGGAUGUUAGGCAGAUGAUGAUAAAGGCUUGGAUAUGACUAUCUUGGAUAUGUG